GAGUUAGGUGACACGACACGGCAUCGGUCAAGUGGGAGUGUUGAAGCACGCUUAUUCGUAGGAGAUUACUCAAUUCAAUGGCUCGUAAUCUUCAACAAGUAUCGAGAUGUUCGGCAGGAUUCCGAGCGCGAAUUCCGAGCACGAUGUGACGUUGGAGAUGCCACGAUCCGAGAGCAAUCUGAGAUUACGUCAACGCUUUCACUUCAUCACGUGUUCACGCGUCCAAUCCUCGCGUCAGCAUCGCAUUGCACGAUCGCUUCAAUCUACGCCACCAGACGACGACGACGACACCCUCACACACACCACUUACUAAUGGACUCAGCAUUCGACGUACCAGACUCUACGGACUGGCUAAACACACCUCUCGCUGCAGUCGCCGAACUCGAAAGCGCACUCCACUGCCAAAUAUGCAAGGAGUUCUACGACACGCCCAUGAUCACAUCGUGCUCUCACACCUUCUGCUCAAGAUGUAUCCGGACGUCUUUAUCGGCUGAUGGCCGGUGUCCUGCAUGCCGCGCAUCUGAUCAAGCGAGCAAGUUGCGCAACAAUUGGCAAUUACAAGAAGUUGUGUCGACAUUCCUGGUCGCAAGACCGCAAGCGAUCAAGAUAGCGAGAGAAGAGCGGGACAAAGCAGACGAUACGAAAAAAUCGACCAAGAGGAAGCGUGCAGUACUGGAAUCCGACGAAGCUGCUGCGGCAGAUGUAAUUGAAGUAGACGACUCCGAUGAGGACGCGAGCUUUGAGCCGGAGAAACCUCAAGAUGAUGGUCUCGUGGAAUGUCCACUAGGUUGUGGAAAGCGCAUGAAGAUCGAGUCGGUUGAACCACAUCUGGACCGAUGCGAGGAUGAGAAAGCGGCAGAGAAACGAGCAAAGUCGCGGACACCCGUUGGUGGACUCAGUAGCUCGAGGACUUCAGCACGAAACACACCACGACCGCAAGAUCGAAUAUCGGAGCUCAAUUAUUCUUUGCUAAAAGAAGGAGCGAUGCGCAAGAAGAUGGACGAGCUUG